AUGAGGUCCGGGGUGUACACAUUCCGUGCGCAAGGCAAAUUAUACCACAACAUGCAUUCCUUCGGGCCAAACUCUCGCCCGGAACAUCUACAACUCUACUUCUACGAUGAUGAUCCUAGCCUGAUACAUCGCAACGAAGCCACCAAGGACCUGGACCAAGAGGUCGUUCGGAAGGUUGUGGACAUACUAAGAGGAAACCCCUACUCCGAGCAGUUUAGGAGUUUGGGCGCCUACAAGGACAACCUCGAGAACUACCGUAUAGAACUGAACACCGACAAGAAGCUAGACCAACGGAGAUAUAAUUUACCGGUGUCGUCCGAGGUGGCUGCAAUCUGGGUCGAGGGGAGCGACCUAGCAAAUAGAUUCAAGCGCAACAUUAUCCUCUACGGUGACAACAACGAGAGGCAUAGUAUACAGGCCACACAAGGAUGCUAUGACCCGCUCUCGUACCCCCUUUUUUUCCCCAAGGGGGAGCUCGGCUGGCAUCCAAAUCUCCCUAAACGUGAUACGCCUUGGCACGUCGCGCAGAAGUCAAGAGAGGACCGUGACGAUGAAGAUGGAGGUGGCCAUAUAUGUGUCUCCGUCAGGGAUUACUACUGUUACCGACUACAAACGCGUCCGGCUAUAUUCAACCCCAUACUACAUGGCCGGCGUCUGUUCCAACAGUUUGCGGUUGACAUGUACAUAAAGAUUGAGGGUUGCAGGUUGAAUUGGUUCAGGGAGCACCAGUCGGAGAUACGUGCCGAUCUAUACAAAGGCAUUGUGGAUAGCAUCACAGCCGGAGAGACUAGCGCAAGCGCUGUAGGCACAAGGAUUGUUCUCCCAUGGAAGUUCCAGGGGUGCUUCCGAGACAUGAAGCGCAGGCAUAUGGACGCCAUGGCGUUGGUGCAGACGUACGGCAAGCCUGACAUCUUUCUGACGAUGACCUGCAACCCUAACUGGCAGGAGAUACAUGAUGCACUGCUUCCAGGACAAACCCCACAGGACCGACCAGACAUUGUGGUUCGAGUGUUUAGGGCCAAGCUGGAGACGAUGAAAGAGAUGCUGACCAAGAAGCAUAUCCUGGGCGUUGUGAAGGCCUACGUCUACGUGGUCGAGUUCCAGAAGAGGGGCCUCCCGCGUGCCCAUUUUCUAUUGAUCAUGGAUUCAAAAUAUAAGCUCAUUGUGCCAGAGCAGUAUGACCGCGUUAUAUCCGCUGAGCUACCGGACAAGAAUAAGUACCCGGAGCUAUACACCAUGGUCGUGAAGCAUAUGAUGUACGGCCCAUGUGGUGUCUUAAAGCCAAGCAACGUGUGCAUGCAAGAUGGGUCGUGCAAGUGUAGGUACCCUCGGGCGUUCAACGACACCACCGUACAGGGGAAGGACUCAUAUCCCAUUUAUCGGAGACGGAAGGACGACCGUUGUGCAAAGGUCCGAGGCCAAACGCUAGAUAAUAGAUGGGUUGUGCCUUACAACCCAUACCUCUUGCGGAUGUUUGACUGCCACAUCAACGUGGAGGUGUGCUCCAGCAUAAAGGCCGUCAAGUACCUAUAUAAGUACGUGUACAAGGGCCACGAUCAGACUUCGUUCAAUAUCGAGAAGCCCGACGCCGAAGGUAACAUAGACGAGAUCAAGAGAUUCGUUGACGCAAGGUGGGUUACUCCACCGGAGGCCAUGUGGAGGAUAUUCGGCUUCAAGCUCUGUGAGAACCACCCGUCGGUCCUACCGCUGCCGCUUCAUCUCGAAAAUAUGCAAAUGGUCACGUUCAAAGCGGGAGACAACCUAAACGACGUCGCCGCCAGACAAAACCCAUCCAUGCUGACGGAGUAUUUCGUGGCUAACGAGAAGCACGCGUGGGCUAGAGAUAUUCUUUACAAAGAUUUUCCGAGAAGAUUCACAUGGCAAAAAGCAAAGUACUGGAAAGAAAGGGACAAGGGUCAACAAGUAGGCCGAAUCGUAUCAGCCCAUCCUGCCGAGGGGGACAGAUACUUUCUAAGGGUGCUUCUAAAUCACGUACCAGGAUCAAGGUCCUUCGAAGAUCUCAAAACAGUGGACGGUGUGCUAUGUGAUAGCUUUCGUGAGGCCGCCGAGAGGAGGGGUCUCAUCGAGGCCGACAACACGCUCGACGAGUGUCUUACUGAGUCGGAGCAGUUCGCCAUGCCAGCCUCACUAAGGAGGCUCUUCGCAACGAUCUUGGUAUUCUGCGAGCCUAGAGAUGUGCGCGGCCUUUGGGAUAGACACCUUGAGGCGAUGUCCGAUGACUACCGGCGCGAACACACAUGCCCAAAAACAGUGGAACAGAAGGUGUUGCUUGAUAUCAGGGGCAUGCUGCAGUCCAUGGAGGGCGAGGCCAGGGAGGUCAUUGAGGAAACCAAUAUCCAAGUAGACAAGGAAGACGCUUCUCUAGCGACAUCACUAAACCACGAGCAGAGGCUUGCCUAUGACGAAAUACUAGCGGCGGUUGAUGGCGGAGAUGGGGGCGUAUUCUUCGUGGAUGGCCCAGGAGGCACAGGGAAGACCUACCUUUACAGGGCACUGCUCGCUAGGGUUCGAGGCGAGAGAAAGAUCGCGCUGGCCACAGCGACGUCAGGAGUCGCCGCUUCCAUCAUGCCAGGAGGCAGGACAGCCCACUCGAGGUUCAAGAUCCCACUAAACCUUGAAGAAGGAAAAUCAUGCAGCUUCACUAAACAGAGUGGGACAGCGAAGCUCCUGAGGAUGGCUUCACUCAUUCUAUGGGACGAGGCAACCAUGACAAAACGGCAGGCAAUUGAGGCGUUAGACAGAAGCAUGCGAGACAUCAUGGAAUGCCCAAACCGACCUUUCGGGGGCAAGACUGUCGUGUUUGGUGGGGACUUCAGGCAGGUGCUUCCUGUAGUGAGGAAAGGGUCACGGGGUCAGAUAAUCGACGCAAGUCUGCGGAGCUCAAACCUCUGGAAGGGCAUGCGCCAGCUAAGGCUCGUCAAGAACAUGAGGGCACAAAGCGACAAGUGGUUCGCGGAUUACCUCCUGAGGGUGGGUAACGGCACCGAGGAAACCGACGAUGACGGAAACAUCCGGCUUCCCGAAGAUAUAUGUGUGUCAUCUACAGGCAAUGACAUAGCAGAUAUAAAGAAACUGAUCGACCACGUGUUCCCUGCCCUAGAACACAACAUGGAAAAUCCUAAUUACAUGACUUCUCGAGCGAUCCUCUCCACAAGAAACGACAACGUCGAUGGAAUAAACAUGCACAUGAUUGAGCGUUUUCAGGGCGAGGAGAGGAUCUACUAUAGCUUCGAUAGCGCGGAGGAUGAUCCACACGGCUACUAUCCUCAAGAGUUCCUGAAUGACCUAACUCCUAAUGGGCUUCCCCCGCACGCACUUAAACUGAAGAUAAAUUGCCCUAUUAUACUGUUGAGGAAUAUCGACCCAGCUAACGGGCUAUGUAACGGCACGAGGCUUGUGGUCCGUGGGUUCCAGAGUAACGCCAUCGACGCAGAGAUCGUCGUGGGGCAGCAUGCAGGAGAGAGGGUGUUUCUUCCUCGGAUACCUCUAUGCCCAUCCGACAAUGACAUGUUCCCGUUCAGAUUCAAGAGGAAGCAGUUCCCCAUCAGGCUCAGCUUUGCCAUGACAAUCAACAAGGCACAAGGCCAGACCAUCCCAACUGUAGGCGUGUACCUACCGGAGCCGGUGUUUUCUCAUGGCCAGCUCUACGUCGCCUUGUCCAGAGCCACCGCGAAAAGUAACAUCAAGAUUCUCGCCAUCAAGGACGAUGGAAAGGACAAAACCAAGAAUUCAAAGAAAAGAAAAAGAACCGAGUCCUUAGUAACCACCACUUUGAACAUAGUCUACAAGGAAGUUCUUAACAUUUGA